GUACAAAUGUGUAAUAAAUAGAAAGUUUUAGGAGUAUCAUAUUUACCAAAUUACAGUUAUAGAAGUUUGUGUGCCCUAUUUUAGGAAACUCAGUGUGAAUCUUUAUACAUCAGCAACACAACACAACGCGAAGCCAGCUUUUCUAUCCUCCCAAGAUCUUGUGAAAUCUACUGUUUUUUUCACUAAAAGCCUCCAAAGUCCCAUCAAUGGCAGCUCACCUCACCUCCACAUCAAUGUGGUGUAGACUGGUCUGGUAGCCAGCAGUGUCUCUUCUUCUCCAUUUCUUAUCCAACGAAAAUAGCCAUAAACAUCAUUAGAUCGAUCAUCCAUUUCCGCGCCAUCGAUCUCCGUGUGUUUGUGAAUCAUCUCUUUUGCUUCUGUUUGUGGAGAUACAUCGACUGUUUAUCACUACUGCUAUCGUGAUAAAUAAGGAAACCCUAGCAAAAAGUAAAAGAGAAACAUCUUGUCCUAGAAUUAGAUCUUCAAAUAAUUGUAACCCAAAUCGGGAAAACCAUCAGUUUCAAUAAAAACCCUUCAAUGGAUCCUUACGCAGAAGUUGAAAGCUCCGAUUACAGCAUAAACCCUAAUAUUGUAGCGUCUGCGUCGUCUAGUUCUCCGCCGGCAGCCACAACUCCCAGCCGGUAUGAGAACCAGAAACGCCGAGACUGGAAUACCUUCUGUCAGUACCUGAAGAAUCACCGGCCACCACUCGCGCUUUCCCGAUGUAGUGGUGCCAACGUGCUCGAGUUUCUCCGGUAUCUUGACCAGUUUGGGAAGACUAAAGUCCACACACCGGUGUGCCCGUUUUACGGGCACCCGAACCCACCUUGCCCUUGCCCUUGUCCUCUUCGUCAGGCGUGGGGAAGCUUGGAUGCGUUGAUAGGCCGUCUCCGGGCAGCCUACGAAGAGAGCGGUGGGCAACCGGAGAUGAACCCUUUUGGUGCUCGAGCUGUUAGACUUUACCUUCGAGAAGUUCGAGAUCUACAAUCGAAAGCAAGAGGAAUCAGCUACGAGAAGAAAAAACGAAAAAGACCUCCACAACAAGAACAUCAACAGUUUCCAAACAACUCAUCAUUUCAAGCUUUUACUCUUCCACCAGGUGAUCACACUUGAAUUUCGUUCAAGAAAACUCAGAUCUUGGAACUUAAAAAUUAAGUAACUAUUCGUUUCUUUUAGAAGCUUGAAUUUGAUGUUUUGUGGAGGAUGUAAUGAUCACCCAAGUAGUACUCUUGCUAGUUGUUACGCUUAGUUUCAGGUUUUAUUUCUUUAUUUAGCUGCAAUCAACUAUGAAGAACCCUGUUGUUAAUUGGUGAUUUUGUUUGAUUUUCGCUUUUUUGUUCAUCUCAAUGAAAACAUCUCAGCUGCAGCACAAUAUCGACUUCUAGUUUGAUCAGGAGCUUGCAGUUGUGAUCUUGGUAGA